UCCUGUUUACAACUGUUUUCCAAGAUCUCACAUGCAACUCACAUGGGCUCUCACGAUGUGUAUUCUACUUAUCGCUUUUGUUCGACCUCGAGUCGGAUAAGCUGUUAAACAGCUGCCAAGAUGAGGUAAAAGUGUUCCUCUGUCCGGUUCCUGGACCCUUUCCUCUAUUCUCAUGACAUCCUUCAUCAUUGGCGCGCAUACCAACCGCAGUAUACCAACAGAAUGGAGGGACGAUGCGGAUCGUGAUUGCCCAUUCUGCCGCAUCAUUGCAGGCGAAAUGCCCUCGACACGUCUGUAUGAGGACGAUAAGGUUAUAGCUAUUCUAGAUAUCUUGCCUUUGAGACGAGGGCAUACCCUUGUUAUACCCAAAGCCCAUUACUCGCGGGUAUCAGAGUUACCCCCAGACUAUGCCGGCGCGGUAGGGCAGGCUGUGACGAAAGUGGCGAAUGGACUGGCGAAAGCAUUGGGUAACACUGCGCUAAAUGUAGUGUGCAAUCAGGAGUAUGCGCAAGCAGUGCCACAUGUUCACUACCAUAUUAUUCCUGCUCCGUCGUUUGACUCGACCCCACGAGUAGAUGUAUCAGAGAAAGCGAAGGAGGAUGAGAUACCUUUGAGUCGGCGGGAGAUGCACCAGAAGGAAUUUGAGUCGAGGGAGGAGCUCGAUGAAGAUGAAGGGAAGGGUCUGGCUGUGAGGAUACGUGCCAGUCUAUAACGGUACGGGAUCGCAUUCAUCAUGCGGUUCUGCAUAUGAAGCAUAUUCUACUCCUUGUUGUAGCACUGAUGACAUCAUCCCGGACUCUUGCUGCUAUGAUGAUAACUUAAGUAUGUACCGCCCAUUUGUGACAAUAUUAAUUCAUGUCGACUUGAUGGAUGACACUGAUCA